UAAGUUUUUGGCUGACACAUUUGAAGGACAGAUCAUUACAUGUGUUGUAGUAAUAGUGUUCGUGGCUGUAUUUAUGUUGAGAGAAUGGAUAGUACAGAAUACACCAGCUGAAGAUGGCCUAGAGAACGAUGAAUUGGACAUUUUAGAAAAUGAUGCAAUCCAAAAUGAAGGAAUGGAAAAUAAUGGAAUAGGCUUACCAAAUAUCGCGCCAAUACCUGAACAAAAUGCUAACCGUCCCGAACAACUGGGAAAUAAUAAUGAUGGGGAAUUCGUUUUUCAGAAUGGCAUGCGCUUACCAUUAUUUCAGCCACAAUUACAAUUUGAGAAUUUAGAGCCAAUGCAACAACCUGAAAUUGAACCUGUACAGAAUCAAAUGCAAGAUACUGGCGAGUUACGUGUGGAAAACCUUGCACCACAAACUGAAAUGCCAGGAUUAAAUCAGAAUGAUAUUGAAUCUGAUUGGAUGGAAGAUGAAUACCAUCAGAUAAAUAAUGGCGACACACAAAUUGAAUCAAAUGUUGAAGCAAUUGAUAAAAGUCCAGUUCUUUUAUAUCAGGAUGAUUUCGAAGGUGAUAAGAAUUCAGGCAGUAUCCAGUCUAUUUCAACAUCAACAUCAUCAGUACCUCAUCCAACAUGGGAUAAUGAACAAUCAAAUGAUAGUGGUAGUAAAUCUAUUGUGGCAGAUGUGCAACAACCUCCUUUUUAUGUUCCGUACGCAGCAACAGGCACAAGACUCUCUAUAUCUGAUUACAUGGAUGAAAUAAAUCAAAAGGACGAAGAUGAAUCUUUGGCUCAAUCUGAUUUUUUGACUGGAUCUUCUAAAAGUGAUGAAUUGCCCUCAUCAUCGCAAAAGUUACCAUCGCUUGCUUCAAACAACUCCAAUUUGGGACAAUUUGAGUCAAAAUGUGUCGAUACUGAACGAGAUGAUGAGGCAAAAAGUAAAUCCACACAAAAUUUUUCAUCAACUUCAAAGACAUCUUCUGGGCAGUAUAAUAUUGGUAAUCUCGGAGGAACUCGAAGAAUACGACCAAUUAGUAAAGUGAGAAGGGUGGGUGCCCCAACUCCGGGGUUAUUAAAUACUCAAAAGCUCGGUGCCACAUCAACAAAUCCCUCAUCUUACGACAAUGAAGAAACUGUUAAUGGUACUUCUUCAAUGGAUUUAAACUACCAUAAAGUUUCUUCAACUAAAGAAUCGCCUUCUGAUAACAACGGUGAUUAUGAAGAAGCAUCAGAAACAUCAGAUAGUGACGAAGAUAAUGAAGAUAUAAAUCUUCAAGAAAAGUAUCCGAGAGAAGUUGGCACAGCCUACAGCCCUUCAAGAGAUAUAACAAAUGGAAAUGUUUAUUAUGCUGAUGAUUCAGCAUUCCCCCUGCAUCGCAUUCCUAAGAAUGGUCAGAAUUCAUCGGUUACUAACCUUUUUGGAAACAGUGAAGACGAAAU